CCGCGGCCGCCGCCGGUCCCGGGGAGCGCCUGAGCCGCGCCGCGAUGGCGGCGGGUCCCUCAGGGGCGGCGUAGAGGCUGCCCCCACCGGGCCAGCGCUUCCUGCUCGCAGGGGCUAUGGCGCGGCCCGCGGCCGCCUACGAGGCGGCGGUGCCGGCCCGCCCCGCCUGCACCUACACCAGCUGCUAUUGCGAAGAAAAUGUUUGGAAGCUUUGUGACUACAUCAGGAGUCAGGAUCGGUACCCUUUAGAAGAGUUUUAUGCUGUUUUCAUAUCCAAUGACAGGAGGAUGAUUCCCCUCUGGAAGCAGAAAUCUGGACAUGGAGAUGAGCCUGUUGUCUGGGACUACCAUGUUAUUCUACUUCAUGUUCCCAACGGGGAGCAGAACUUCAUUUAUGAUCUUGACACAGUGUUGCCGUUUCCGUGUCCGUUUGAUGUGUACAGCCUGGAGGCCUUUCGGCUGGAUGACAGCCUUCGUCCAGAAUUUCACAGAAAAAUCAGAAUGGUUCGAGCAGAUUUGUACUUGAAGACAUUUGCUUCAGACAGAUCUCAUAUGAAGGAUGCAAAUGGGAAAUGGCAGAAACCUCCCCCUCCAUACCCUUGCAUUGAAACUGCAGGUUCUUCAGGAACAGGCCAUUCCAGUGUGGGGCCACCAUGGGGUCACAAGUCCUGCCAGCAAACCUGCUCCAGCAUGGACUCCUCUCUCCAUGGGUCUGCGGGUCCCUGCCAGGAGUCUGCUCCAGCACGGGCUUCCCACUGGGUCACAGCUUUCUUUCAGGCAUCCACCUGCUCCAGCAUGAGGCUCCUCCAGGGACUGCAGGGGCACAGCUGCUUCACCAUGGUCUUCACCACGGGCUGCAGGGGAAUCUCUGCUCCAGUGCCUGGAGGACCACCUCCCCCUCCUUCUUCAAUGAACUUCAUGUCUGCAGAGUUGUUUCUCUCACAGAUUCUCGCUCUGGUCUUCUCUGGCCGCAAUUACGUCUGUGGAAGAGCUUUUUUUUUUUUUCUGUCUUAAAUUAUCCCAGAGGCGUUACUCCCUCAGCAUUGGGCAGCAGUGGGUCCAUCCUGGAGCUGGCUGGCACUGGCUCUGUAGCACAUGGGGCGAGCUUCUGGCAACUUCUCAGAGAAGCUACCCCUGUUGCCCCUCCUGCUACCAAAACCUUUGUAGUUGAAUUGAGGAAUCUCUGUCAGUGACCAAUUAAUCAUUUUUUCCCUACUACUAACUCAAAGGGAAUAAAUCUUAAAACUGUAUUUGUUCUGCUCAUGGGGUUGGAAAAUUUUUUUUUAAAAAACGUUUCUUAAAACACAAACAACCACAGUCCAACCAAUUAAACAACAGAAGAAACUUUCCCUCCAACUCCCUCAAGCUCUUCAGUAUCUCCUCAGAACUCACAAGCUAAGCAUUAGCCUUUUGGAACUGGCUCUGCUCUAGCCAUUUCCCAGAGUUAGGCUUCUCUAUUUAUUAUGGCAUUGCUCUGGCCUCUGUUCUGCUCUCCUGCCGUGUGUGCCAGGAGAAGCUGGCUAACCUAACUGGGUGCUUGGUGCUUUCUCACCCUGCCCUGUCCUCAAAGCAGCUCUGCUGCAAUAAACAUACCUGAGCUGCAGCAGAUUCCCCUGGUUCCACCUGGUUGCCAGUGACCUCCUGUUGAAAGAAAACAGGGUAUUUUGUUCAAAUACUGAAAAUUAAGAAAACACGAUUUGGUGCACAAAUUCAUUAUUCCAGGGCUGGUGAGCCCAGCCUCCGGUUUUCCUUUAAAUCUUCUUUCCACAAAUUAAUGAGGUCUGAUUCUGCUUAGUUUAUGAGUUGUGAUGAGAUCAGCCCUCCUUACUGCAAGCCUGUGUAAAACAUAGCCUGCACAGCACAUUUCAAAAUUACUCUGAACAGAUGGUCGUGCAGCUUACAGACAACUGUUAGCAGCAGCUCUAACACUGAAAAGCAUUGGUUUGAGUUUCAGUUCUCCCAAGGUGUUUGGUAGCACACUCACAGGAUUGAUUUAUAAAGACUUUUUGUUCUUUUUAUUAUUAUUAAAAUCCCUGGUAGUCAAUAAUUAUAGGGUUUUACUUGGGUUGGUUUUUUUUUUUUUUGUUUUGAAGAGCAUGAGUAGGACAUCUGAGAAAUUCUGGCGGCACUGUGUAUUACACAUCUGUGUAACAGGAAAGCUGCUAGACAAGAGGCCAGGCAGAUGUCUGCAGUUGCUUUCUGUAUCUCCUCUCUGAGAGGUGGUGGUAGGAUCCUAGUGAAAGUGAGAAGGAAAGCACUGAUACUGGUAAAAGUAGCUCCUCUGUGCUUAAUGGGAACCUUCUGCUCCUCUCAUUUGAGAAUAAAACUCCAAUCUGUUAAAUUAGGUCCUUACUUCCUAAGCUUUUGUGGAAGUAAUGAAUCAAGUUGGAUAGAGACAAUUAAGAUACAUCUAAGGAUAGAAGUAUUUAAUUUCCCAGACUGACUUAUUGAAAUUAGUGUGAAAGAUAAUUUAAAGUGAUGAGCUGUGUUUUACACUGAGAUCAACCAGGAUGGUUUGCACAGUCAGUUAUAUCUCAGUUGUGGGGACAGCACCCUCCAGCCGAGUGUGGGAAGAGUCUGUCUGACUUAUCUCCCUGCUCAGACAAGGGAAGGGGAUCUGCAGAGAACUGUAGGCACCUACACAAGUCUGUGAAGAGCCCAACUUUCUAAGUAUUUUAGGUGCCCCCAAGGUUAGGCAUGAGCAGAACUGAUCUUGGAGGCUUUGUUCCAGACUUCCUCACUUCCAGCAGCCCUUCGGCAGCUGUCGUUACGCUGAGUUAGUCUAAGGUCUGGGAGCCAAGCUGAGGCUUGGCUGAAACGUUGCUUUCUAACUACUGUUGGCAGAAGCCACAAGUAUCAUGGCUAACAAUGCCGUAAGGUACUGCAUGGCCUUUUAUUUCGUCCUUGCUCCGGGUAAAAGUGUCAGACUUGAUUUAAACAAAAAUAAAAUUAUUUAGGAAUCCCAGAAUUCACCAGAUAGGUCUCUUUGAUGGGGGGUGUGUGUAACUAAAUGUGUUUGGUCAAAGAGAAAGAUGAGCUCUGAGCAUGCACAAAUGCAAGCUAGUGUAAUAGCUACAGCACCUGAGGAGGACUGCAACUGUAAUAUAAAUGUUAAAAAAAAUAAUUGUGCUGCUCUUGAUCUUGCAAAAAUGUUGUAUAAUAUGUGCUCCUUGCUUUUGUGGAGAAAUCCUCUUGGUUUGUCAACCGUAGUAUCCAGAUGUCUCUUUUGUAAAUUCUGAUGUUCAUCACUCUUCAUCUACUUAGGGAAGAGGACUUUGUGGUGUUUUUGUGCAUUUUUGCCGAGCUAUUUUCUGAACCUGUAAGGUCUAACACAACAUGCACGGCCUUCAGAUAGAGCCCAUGAGAAAGGAGCGGCAUAGAGGGACUGUUAUUACACGAAUAAAACGGGAGAGGUCUCACUGAGUUUUUCUCUAUGGAUAUUUCCCGUGCUGCUCCAGUGCCAUCUACCGACUGGUUCUUAGGCCAUUGUGCUUCACGGGAAUGGAUUUGUUUACUUUGGUAAAACAAUAUUUCCUUUCAUUAAACUUCUCUGAUGGACUGU